GAAUAACCUUUGACCUCAAGUCCAACAUGGCGACUUCCAUGCUACACAGUGUGCGGUUAUCAAGUGGUACUGCAGUACAGAGACUGUUUCUCACUCCAUGUCGUACCAGACCACGAGGAUGUGUCAGUGUUAUACAAGUCUUUCACAGAUCAUGGAGUGAGACCACAGGGUACCAACCUAGACAGAAGGGAUGGUGGCGCAAGUACCUCGGGAUCACAGUCGGUGUUGGGGUCGCUGUUGCUGUUAUUCGUCCUCGAAAGUUCAAUCAAUAUGUUGAAAACACCUACAAGAAAUUGCCUUUGGAAUCAUUCUCAAGACUGUGUGGUCGGUUGUCCCGGAUUGAGCUUUGGAGCUGGUUACAAGUGCGAGUACUCAGACUCUAUGUUAACAUGUUUAAGGUAGAUUUGAGUGAAGCAGCGGAUGAAGACCUCACACAUUACUCUAGUUUGGGCGAAUUUUUUCGACGUCCGCUAAAACCGGGAGCACGUCCAAUUGAUGAGAACCAUGAGCUGACCUGCCCAUCGGAUGGUAAAAUAUUACAUUUUGGUGUGGUCAAAGAUGGAAAACUGGAACAGGUAAAAGGGGUGACAUAUUCUCUGAGGCAGUUUUUUGGACAUUCAACGUGGAUAAAUGGCCCGCUAACAAACAACAUGCAUUACAUAUCAGAUGAGGAUUACUAUAAAAGCCUACACAUCCGUCCGGGUAACGCUUUGUAUUACUGUGUUGUGUACCUAGCUCCUGGGGACUACCAUAGGUUCCAUUCCUCAGUCGACUGGACCAUCACAUUCAGGAGACAUUUCCCAGGAAAACUGCUAAGCGUAAGGCCAUGGAUUGCCGAGUGUGUGAAGGACCUGUUUAACUAUAAUGAGAGGGUGGUGUACCUAGGCACGUGGAAACAUGGACUGUUCAGCUACGUCCCUGUAGGGGCCACAAACGUGGGCUCUAUCAAAAUCUACUGUGAUGAGGACUUGGCCACAAACAAAGCUGAGAACAAACGAAAAGAAAGCAUAGACAAAUCAUUCUGUGAUGGAGGAAAUUCUGGUGUGAAGGUUAAAAAAGGUGAAAUGUUUGGUGAAUUCAAUAUGGGCUCUACUGUUGUGUUGGUGUUUGAGGCUCCUCAGGAUUUCCAGUUCACGUGUAAAACCGGACAGCAAGUGAAGUGUGGCAUAGCCCUGGGAAACGAUGAAUUAUUGACCGUUGAAAAUAAGCAACAAAAAACGAAAAGUUGAUAGAAGGAAUAUCAACACAUAGAUGCUGUAUAUUAAAACGUUUGUCAAAUUUUGUACAUAUACACAUAAUGAUUGAAAAAUGUUUUGAUAGUUUUGAGUAUACAAGUAUUUGAUUUUCUUCCUGAAGAAAAUUUGACUCAUUUUUUUCAAUUAAAAAUUGGAUAAGUGUAGAACUGUACACUAGUUGUGAAAACAUGUAUUAAAAUAUUCUGUGAUAUUUAUGAAUGACAAUGAAGAUUUUGAUUUUUCUGACAGUAAAUGUACACUCAAUUUAGUAAUUAAGAAAAUGGGAUUAUGAGUGUUGACAGGUCUGUUGUGGGUACGCACAUAUGCCAUUUUAUAUUACCUCUCUGGGUAUUCUACAAGUAUGGCCUGUGCUAUCCUCCAACUUUGAUGAUUUUAACACUUAAAUGGAAUAUGUAUAUACAAUUCACAUCCAUGUAUGUACAUUUUGUAUAUCAUCUAAUAUAAGAUUUAUCACUGAUCAUGUCAGGGUGUAUCAGACCGACCAUCAUGGUGCCAUUGGAAAUUCUUUUUUAAGGACGUGGAUGUGACACAGUAGUAUAAGUUGGGGGUAUUUCUGGCUUGGCGAUUAGGCAACGCAGAUUGUGUGUUUGAGGCCCAGUGAGGGCACAAGCUAUUAAAUUGUCUUCCUUCAUCAUUUGUGUUACUAUGUUAUAUACACACGUGUAUCUAAUCAUCAACACAAUGUAUAAUAUGCACUAAGUGUUGUUUAUCCGAUGAUAAAGAUUUGAAAUUCC